AUGUCGUCAUCCCAUUCCAAGACAAUCGGCCGUAUACUGGAUCCUGUUGCACAACAGGUGUCUAAAUUGAUCCUAUUAUUCGAAGAUGGUGGCACAGCCGGGGAUACUCCUGACCUAGCUAACAGGGUUUCUGUUGUAAAAAUGGCGGUUGAUAAUCUUGUGAAAGUUGGGUAUGAGACUAUCCGCCAAAGUUCCGACCAAAUCUUAAAAAAUGAUAUGCCUCCUGCACUUGUUCGCGUCGAGGAGGCAUCCGUUUUUCUUCAAGAUGCUGUCAAACUGCUCUCGAGAGAUCCCUUUUCCACAAUUGGUCGCAAAAAACUGAUAGAUGGUUCCCGUGGAAUUUUGCAGGGCACUUGGGCGGUGCUAGUUGCCUUUGAUAUGUCGGAAGUGCGAAAAAUCGUGGAUUGCUGCAAGGCUGUACUAGAAAUGCUUAACACUGUCCCUGAUAUUAAAAAUUUCCCUGAGCUUGCAGACUUUGUUAAAGUUUGUGUUAUAAAGGUACUGAUAGUAGUUGAUGAAAGACAGGAUGAACUUGUUAUAAAGUCACAUGCGGAACUUCUACAGCGCGGAAUUGCUCAAGUUAAACGUAUCACCCCUAUUUUAAUAUCUUCCAUCAAGCUCUACCUCAAUACCACACAACAACGUAAGUGUAAUAGGGACUACUUUUUGCGCCAGAUGUCCGAUGAAAUACAUGAAAUUAUACGAGGACUUCAAUUAACAAGUUCUGACGACCCAUAUUCUUUGGGCGACUACAAUGACCUUCACUUAAUUGGUCGUAACAGCAAGUUUGCAGAUGAAUGGUUGGCCAAUCCUGCUGUGAAAAGGAUCGGUCUUCAUGGCCUUAUUAGUGGUCUUGAUGCUCGAGUGAAUCAACUUGUUAAUGCACAGCAGCAGGUUUGGACUUUUUUUUAA